UAACUCACAGUGCAGUUAAUGAAUUGUAGUUUAUAUUUGGUUAAUCUCCACGUGAUUAGAUGUUGUGCUAAUUGAAAUGUGAAUGUUUUGUUUGCUUUCACCCUGUCAGUUCCUGUUUCACAGACACGAGCAAAAUGGCGGAUUUUUAGAAAAUAUGUUCGGAUCUCAAACAAGAGAAAUUAAACUAGAAAUUAAACAAGAGCCGUGAAGCUGCAAACACAGCGCGAUUCCCGCGACUGCCCUCCGACAUCCAUUAACCGUUUAAACUGAAAGGGGGAUCAUGGCUGAGGAGAGGCGCUCGAAGCUCAGUAACACGCUGCUCCCCACGGAGUCGAUGAAGGCCAUCGCAGAGUCCAUCGGGGUCUCUCAGAUGCAGGAGGAGACGUGCCAGGUGCUGAGUGAGGAGGUCAGCUACCGGAUCAAGGAGAUCUUACAGGACUCUUUGAAGUUCAUGCAUCAUGGUAAGAGGCGCAAGCUGAUGACAAGUGACAUCGACUACGCUCUCAAACUGAAGAACGUCGAGCCCCUCUAUGGUUUCCAUGCUCAGGAGUUCAUCCCUUUCCGUUUCGCCAGCGGGGGCGGUAGAGAGCUGUACUUCUACGAGGAGAAGGAGGUGGACCUGAGUGACAUCAUCAACACGCCCCUUCCCAGGGUUCCGCUCGACGUGUCCAUGAAAGCCCAUUGGUUAAGCAUCGAAGGAGUGCAGCCAGCCAUUCCAGAGAACCCGCCCCCAGCCCCGAAGGAGCAGCAGAAGGCCGAGUCCACUGAGCCGCUGAAGGCUGUGAAACCCGGACAGGAAGAGGAGGGGCAGCUGCAAGGUAAAGACAAGAAGAAGCUGCUGGAAGGCUCUGCUAUGAAGCUGAAGCCACGCAGCACCCACGAGCUGUCAGUGGAGCAGCAGCUUUAUUACAAAGAGAUCACUGAGGCAUGCGUGGGCUCCUGUGAGGCAAAGAGAGCCGAGGCACUGCAGAGUAUCGCUACAGACCCUGGGCUCUACCAGAUGCUACCCAGAUUCAGCACCUUCAUAUCGGAGGGAGUGCGUGUGAACGUCGUGCAGAAUAACCUGGCUCUGCUCAUAUAUCUCAUGCGGAUGGUGAAAGCCCUGAUGGACAAUCCCACUCUCUACCUGGAGAAAUACCUCCACGAGCUCAUCCCAGCAGUGGUUACCUGUAUAGUGAGUCGACAGCUGUGCCUGCGCCCCGACGUGGAUAAUCACUGGGCUCUCCGGGACUUCGCCGCGCGGCUCAUGGCUCAGAGCUGCAAGACGUUCAGCACCACGACCAACAACAUCCAGUCGAGGAUCACCAAGACAUUCACCAAGAGCUGGCUGGAUGAGAAGACUCAGUGGACAACUCGUUACGGCUGCAUCGCUGGGCUGGCUGAGUUGGGGCAUGAUGUUAUUAAGACCCUGAUUAUCCCGAGGCUGCAGGUGGAGGGCUCUCGGAUCAAAGCUGUAAAUGAGGGGCCGAUCAUCGGCAACAUUGACAAGAUCGGAGCCGACCAUGUGCAGAGCCUGCUGCUGAAGCACUGUGCCCCGGUCAUCGCUAAGGUGCGCUGCCCCCCUGAUAACCAGGAGCAGUACCGGGUGGAGUACGGCUACCUGGGUCCCAUGCUGUGCACACACGUGGUGAAGGCAAGAGCACAGGCAGCCAUGCAGGCACAGCAAGUGAACAGGACCACACUCACCAUCACACAGCCCAGACCCACUCUGACGCUGUCUCAGGGGGCUCAGUCUUCCAGGACCCCCAGUAUCAUCAAGGUUCCCAGUUCCAUCACGCUGCCCAUGCAGACACUGGUCUCCGCGCGACCUUCAACCCCCACCCAGCCCUCGCCGCCGCCCACAAAGUUCAUUGUGAUGUCAUCGAGCACGGGCAGCACCACAACACAGCAGGUGAUCACUUUAAGCUCUGCUCAGUCCUCGGUCACCAGUACGUCUCCAGUCACCUCCACAGUUCCCAGUCUGCAGCCGCUGGUGAAGCUGGAGGGAGGGCACACACAGGGGGCGGGGCCUCUGUCAGGAGGGGGCGGGGCCUCACGCACAAUGCAGAAGUACAUUGUUGUGUCACUUCCUCCCGCUGGAGACAACAAAACACUGACCCCCUCCCUGGAGUCAAACAGUGCGACCAGUGUCAAACUGGAGAGAGACGACAGCCCUGCUACUGGGAACCAGUCCCCCCAGCCUUCCCACUGAGAGAGAGAGAGGGGUUCCCCUGUUUGCAGCCCUCUUUCAUAUCUGUGUCUGCCCUCGCCCUCGGCUCUGGUUCCAGGACUUUAGCAUGCUGGACUUGCAGCUGCAUGUUUGCACAGACCAGAUCCCUCAUUAUAAUCACCUGGACCUGUUUUGAAUAAACCUUUUAUUGUUUGUUUCUUUUCCCUGAA